CUCAAUGCUUUGCAUGACGCAUCUUCUAAUUAUUAAUGAAAAAUGUAUAAUCUGUAUUUUAAAUAACUUGUAAACAAACAAAUAAUUUAUCUGUCAUAACAAAUACGAUGUUCAACACAAUUUCUUAUUAUUUAUAUAUAUAUAUAUGUCAAUUUAUCAAUUGUUAAAUAUGUUAUCUGAAUAUAAUAAUCCUGUAAUGUAUAAUUAAUACAAUAAACUAAAAAGAUUACUAAAAGCGCUGACAACAAUAUCCCUGGAUUGGGGGUAAUAUCAUUUUACUAUAAAAAGCACUGAAAUCCUUUCAGUCAAGAGAGUCAGGGAAAGACUCCAGAGAGACGAAAAAAAAAGAAGAAGUAACAGCGACCAAGAGAGUUCGUUUUCUCCGAAUUAAAAUAAGAAUAAAAAGUAACAAUUAUCAGUCACAGCCCUGUGUUGUUGUCGGCUGACUUUUAUGCGUUUUAUUUAUAUAUGAAAAGAACUUGCUUUAAUUAUUCAUCUUUUGACGAAGUGCUAAUUAAAUACUUUUAAACAUAUAUAAACAUAUCGAGAUAAUUAUCAAAUCAUUUUACAAGCAAUUUACAAGAAUAAAAGAAAUACGACAUCAGCUAAGAACUACUAACUUUGAGGAAAUCAUUAAGCGAAUGUUUUCGACAAAUGUCAUCUUAUAGAAAAAAAAAUAUUAUGUCGAAUAAAAAUGAUGAAAAAUUCAUUAACUACCGAUUGUUUAAGAUUCUCAAGCUCAACCGUUCAUUUAACCCGUUUAAUCUGGAUGUUUUACGAAAAUUAAAAUAUUAUCAAUUUUUAUAUGGAUUUGUAUUACUUUUGGAGAUAAUAAUUAUCAACUGCUGUUUAUUAAAAGGGUUUUAUUAUGUAAUUAAUGAUAUUGCUACUACCGUGCAGCUUUUUCUAUCAUUACUCUGUACAAUCAGCACAAAUCUAAAUACCUUUACAUUUUCUCAACAUUUCAACGAUUUUUGGAAACUAUUUAGAAUAAUGAGAAAUGACUUUUUGAGUUAUAUGCAUAAUAGAAAAGAUAUAUUUCAACAAUACCAGACAAAAUGUAUACUAAUAACAAAUAUUUAUAUUUUUGUUUACUUUUUUACUGGAUUAUCUUGGAUUUUUAAUUCAUUAUUCAUCAAAGAGUUUCAUUUUAAAACAAGAAAUGACGUUAAAAUCAUUUAUCGAAACAACAUCUUUAAUUUAUAUUUCAGUAUUAUGCCCAUUUCACUCUAUAAUAAAAUAUUCCCUGUUGUAUAUAUAGCUGAGUUUAUUGUUACAAUACAUACAAUUUUCGACCUUUUUUUAAAAAAUCUAAUAGUAAUGCAAUUUUGCUGGAUGAUAUCAGCAAAAUUAAGGACUAUAGCUUCCAUGUAUGAGACAUUUGGUUACAACGUAUUGGUUGUUGAUGAGGGACCAAUAAGAAAUAAAAUUGAAGACCCAUACGUUGAAGUUUUAGAACUAAUAACAAUGUAUCAUAUAAAAUUAAUCAAAUUCCUUAAGAUAAUGAUGUGCAGUCGUAUAAUAUUUUGGGCAGGCGCAGUACACAAACACCAGUGAGAGAUGCUUUCUUGAAAAACAUGUAAGUUAUAAAAUUAGUUUUAAUUAUUACAAUAAUUAUAUUUAUAACUGAUAAUAUACAAUGAUUAUAUGAGUUGAACAUUUAAUCAAUAAUAAUA